AUGAAUAUGCUCUACGGGCGAUCAUCCGACCAUGGAUGCACCGAACACGACCUUGGCAUAGAUGCCCAGGAUAACGUUGCAGGAAGCCUCUCCUUCCAUCAACUCAGCACCAUUAUCUCUGGAGUUUGCGCCGCAAUCUCCAUCUGUGUGAUGCUUGUCUUCAAGUUUCUUCACGCUACGCAUCUUUCGAAUCCAACGGAGCAGGUCAAGAUCAUGCGCAUCGGAACUUUGAUCACCAUGUACUCACUCAUCUGCUUCCUCUCCGUCUGCUUCCCCAAAGCAGAGGUGUACAUUCAUCCUUGGUUGGAUCUUGUCGAGGGUUUCGCUCUGGGAUCCUUCUUCUUGCUCCUCUGCGACUACGUCUCGCCGCAUCACGAACAGCGCGAGCUUUUCUUUGCUGCCGAGAAGCUUGGUGGCACUCGUUGGCUCUUGAUCUUCCAGAUGCCAGUUGUCGCAUUCGUCAUCGCCAUCGCAACCGACAUCACCGCUGCAGCUGGAGUCUACUGCGAAUGGGACCGCAAGAUCAAGUCUGUCAAGUUUGUUCUGCGCUUGAUUUCGACAAUCUCUCUGGUCGCCUCAGUCCUCUCGAUCCUGCAGUUUUACCGCUUCCUCAAGAGGCAUCUGGCUCAUCACCAGCCGCUCAUGAAGCUGCUGGCCUUCAAGAUCAUCGUCUUUCUGACUUUUGCGCAAGGAAUCAUCUUUUGGAUUCUCACUGAUAAGGGUGCUCUCAAAGAGACCAACACCCUGACCUUUGCUGAUCUCCACAUCGGCAUCCCCAACAUGAUCAUCUGCAUCGAAAUGGUUCCUCUUUCGCUCCUGUUCAUGUGGGCUUACCCAUGGAGAGUCUACCUGGACAGUUACAGCAUCGAUGACGCCGAGGAACACCCCGGACGACCCUUGAAGUCCUACCAGGGAGGUCCUUUCGGCAUUUACGCAUGGCUCGCCAUGAUCAACCCCUCGGAAAUUUUCAGGGCUAUUCUUUUUGCCUUCAAGCAUGUUGGAACGCAACAUCUACUGUUAAGGAUGGCAUCGUCUCCUCCUAGUGAGCCGAGUCGCCUUCCAGCGCCCCUCCAAGGUCUCGAUAUUAUUGAAAUUCAGUCUCUCAAGGACGCCAGGCACAAUCUCGAUCUCCCAAAGGGGAAAAACCUCAUCAGGCACGGUGCUUCAGCCAUGGUAUACCGGAUUGAGAACCCUGCUGGCAGAAACGGCUACUUGGGGCCCUAUCUUGCAUGCAAGAAGAUCAUACUAAAUAGUGACGAGGAUAUCGAGGCCGUCAGAUCGGAGAUGUCAAUAGUGCGGCAUCGAAUGACGUCGGUUCGCGAUCCAACUCGCCUAAGAAUUGAGGCAACGUACUACCGUCCUUCGGAUAAUUCCAAAACCCAAGGCACUGUAUACAUUAUUCUAGAGGCCUGGAUUGAUUUGUCUCUGCAAACAUUAAUCGAUCACGCCAUCGACAAACCGGGUGCGGAGUUUGCGCCAUGCUAUCAACAGAUUCUUCGAGACGACUGGCCGAAGAUUCUCUACUGGUUGUUCGAGUUCCUAGCAUCUCUGACAAGAGACUCGGUUUUUCGCCCAUUAAUACGAAGGUCGUUACCUCGCAAGAUUGGCGGUAAAUCAGGGACGCAGCCCACGAGUCCGAUGGGGGAAGUAGAAACCACUGGGUUCUGGGAAAUCAAUGAGACUGAAGGUCGAAUGACUCAGUUCAACUCCAAAUUAGAACUUGUCAAGAUCGUGGAUAACCCGAACAUUCAGUCAGUCGAUCGGAUCUGGCAUCGAGAUCUGAAACCUGCCAACUUCCUGUUCAAGUUCGCGCCGCGAUCCGAGUACAAGUACGAGCGACACGACACACUACAUCCCGUUGGCAUCGACUUUGGAAUCAGCAAAUACCACCGCGAUCCUUCCAACCCCUCUGCGCACUAUACUGGGACUCCGGCUUAUCUAGCGCCCGAGGUUCUGGAGGGCGGUGCAAAUUUCAGGUCCGACAUAUGGUCUCUGGGGUGCUGCGUUAUUUUUAUUGAGGCUUUCAUUCACUCGGGUAUGCCAGGAGUUAAAAAGGUUUUUGAGAUUGCCGUGCGAGGAAAUGACAGUUCGUUCCGAGAUGGAAUCGAUGAGGUAAACAAAUUCUUGGACCAAGAUCCAUCUCCCGGUCUCGCCCAGGAUGUUUCACCACAUAUGGAGGAGGCUCGGAAGCGCCUUCGGAAAAUGGUGAAGGAGAAGAUGAUGGUUCCAGAGUCGCAGCGAGGCAGCGCACAUGAGUUACUGGAGAAAGUGAUGGAGAUUCGUGCGGUGGCAAAGAAGGAAUUUUUCGACGAGUGA